AUGGAGCAGUCAAGCAAGGAAAACGGAUUAAUCCAGCGAGUCCCGGAGGAGUGCCUGACCACAGUCAUCGGCCUGACCUCGCCGGCCGACGCCUGCCGCUCCGCUGUGGUGUCCGCCGGCUUCCGGUCAGCGGCGGACUCGGACGCCGUGUGGGAGCGGUUCCUGCCUCUGGACUGCGAUGCCGUCCUGGAGCGAGCGGUCCACUUCGUGGAUUCCUCCUCCAGGAAGGAGCUCUUCAUGGAUCUCAGCGACGAGCACGUCCUCCUCGACGACGGCAAAAGGAGUUUCGGGCUCCAGCGAUCGAGUGGCGCCAAAUGCUACAUGUUAUCUGUGAGGGAGAUGGCAAUCGCUUGGGUUAAAAUAGAUCUUUACUGGAGAGAGAGGUCGGACCCAGAUUCGAGGUUCUCCAUGGUGGCAGAGCUCAUGUCAGUGUGCUGGCUGAGCAUCUCUGGCCACAUCAGCACCAAGGAGCUCUCUCCGGGCACACACUACGCGGCCUACCUCGUCUUCAAGCUCACUCACGACGCCUCCGGCCUCGCCUCCCCACAGCAGCGAUCGGUCCUCUCCGUAGGCGGCCGGCAGAGCUCGACGCACACGGCGUCCCUCCAUCCUUGCAACCGGACCGAUUCUUCCUGUACCGGCGAAAUGGCUGACGGGGAGCCACAUGACCACGAGCGAGAUGAUGGUGUCGUCGUCAGGUACCCGGGGCCACGGGUGGACGGGUGGUUGGAGCUGGAGAUGGGCGACUUCCACACAGGUGAUAGUGAUGACGAGGCUACGGCUGCAGAAGAUGUUGACAUGAUACUCCAUGAGUGUGAGGAGCUGCAGUGGAAGAAGGGGCUAAUCAUCGAAGGCAUCGAGAUCAGGCCCAAGAAAAUUAAUUGA